UGUAAAGUCAGUGUCUAAAGCUUUUUAUUUAAAUUAUUUGGUAAAUUCUAAUUAUCAACAAUGUCCGCUGCAGCUACGGUGAAUAAGAAGAUUGGCCUCAUUACCACCGAUUUUGAGGUUUUCGGCAAAGUGCAGGGAGUUUACUUUCGGAAGCAUACGCAGCGACGAGCCACUGAGUUGGGCCUGAAGGGCUGGGUCAUGAAUACUGCUCAAGGAACGGUGAUUGGCCAACUUCAAGGCCCUCAAGGCGCUGUCGAAGACAUGAAAGUCUGGCUGCAGAAAGUCGGGAGCCCGAAGGCGAAGAUCGAGAAAGCUGCCUUCAGAAACGAGUUGCCAAUAAACAACUGUGCGUUCAGAACCUUUGAAAUACGUCGAUAA